CCCCAGGCUUGUUCAACUGCACAUCUCAGCCCUGCACCUGCACUCUCCUCUAGUGUGCCGUGCAAGAUGGAAGCUCAAGUUGAGGUGCAUGACGCCCACCCAAACUCUUCACUGAACAUUCCUGUUCUGUUUCCAAAUCAGUUUGGCGAAGGUGGGUCAGCACCGUCAUCAGGAGAUGCUGAUGGCAACGCUGACGUCUCUGGGGCGUCCAGCUCCCAGCAACACAUCAGGAUUGGAUGUCCCCAGCGUGGGUUGGUGUCUGCAGGUGCAAGCGAACUACAGCAGAACAUUGAUAUGGAACAUCCUGCUUCAGGAUCUCACCGCUGCUCUGAAGACUCCUCUAGUUCAGGGAGUGGUCUACAGCAACACAUUGAUUUAGAACAUCCUGCAUCAGGACCUCACUGCUGCUCUGAAGACUCCUCUAGUUUCUAGUUCAGGGAGUGGUCUACUGCAGCACAAUUAUGCUUUGCAUUCUAUAGAAACAUCCUACAAGUUCCCUGUCAAAGAAAAACCUGUACAAUGCUCCAAGUGUGAUUAUUCUUGCACCAUAAAAGAUCACUUGAAAAGACAUUUUCUUUGCAAGCAUUCAACCGAAAAACCUUUUCAGUGCUCCAAGUGUGACUAUGCUUGCGCCAGAAAAGAAUACUUGAAAAAAAUAUUUUCUUCGCAAGCAUUCAACAGAUA